UCAGAGUUCUUACGAGUGUUUGAAAAAGAAGUUCUUCGAAGCCAUGCCACCCAAAGCGAGCGGAAAAGCUGUGAAGAAGGCCGGUAAGGCGCAGAAGAAUAUCAGCAAGACCGACAAGAAGAAGCGAAGGAAGAGGAAGGAGAGCUACGCUAUCUAUAUCUACAAAGUGUUGAAGCAAGUACAUCCCGACACUGGAAUCUCCAGCAAGGCCAUGAGCAUCAUGAACAGUUUUGUAAAUGAUGUCUUUGAGCGUAUCGCCGCCGAAGCUUCCCGCUUGGCACAUUACAACAAGAGAUCCACGAUCACCUCUCGGGAGAUCCAGACCGCUGUCCGACUUUUACUGCCCGGAGAAUUGGCCAAGCACGCUGUUUCCGAAGGCACCAAGGCAGUCACCAAGUACACCAGCUCGAAGUAAACGCUUUGGCGUUGUUGCAAUAAUCGGCCCUUUUUAGGGCCAACAAUUUUCUCAAAACGUGGUUAACAUUCUUGUUCUAAAACAUUGCAAAGCAAGAAGCUUACAAAUGUGAAAUUAUUCGGGAGAAAUUCUGUUGCUUUUUAGUUCAGAAAUCAUCUUUUACGGAACCUGAAAGAUAGAACAUAGUUAUUGCGAUUUUCCUGUGUGACCUUUUCCCACUUUUCCUGCAUUAAAUAAAUUUCUUUGAUGUAUAGCAAAGU